AUGCCAGAAGCAGAUAAGCUUAGCCAGGAAUGGUAUGUUUUGCAGUGUCGGCUAUCGGUAAAUAGUACUUAUCAGCCGUACAUUCCAAAAGUGAUAAAUGCUGAGGAUGUUCGACCGAAUGGAAAACGUCAGUCGGGUUCAAUAGAAAAUGAUGCAGGUCCAUCUAAAGUGAAGCAACGACCCUCAGAAAAUUUACCAAAAUGGUUCAAAAAACCAUAA